AGAUAUUUGGUCCCUUCCUCUGAGUCUGUGUGGCCUUCUGUCUUCUGCAGACCUGUCUCAACUAUGUUGUUAUUGAAGUUUCCCAUUAGAGAAUAAGCCACUGGCAUAGUCUGAAGAUAGAGGAUGUCAAAUGAGAGAGAUUUUCAUUUAAGCCAAAUGGAGGAGCAAGACGACUUACAAAGUCAACCUGCCAGUGAUAAAGAAGAAAUGACCAUUAAGCCAGAAGACUAUGUCUCUGCAGAGGUGGACGACAGCAGUCCCUCUUGCUCCUCUGCCAGUGGACUGUCUACUGCUCCAGAAAGGCAUCCAUUGGAGGGACCAAGGAGAGGGCUGGCCCUGCUGCAUAUCGACAGACAUCAGAUCCAAGCAGUGGAGCCCAGUGCACAAGCCCUUGAGCUUCACGGCUUGGGGGUUGACGUGUAUGACCAGGAUGUGCUGGAGCAGGGUGUGUUGCGGCAGGUAGAUGAUGCCAUCCAUGAGGCCAGCCAUGCGGCACAGCAUGCUGAUGCAGAGAAGGAGUAUCACUCGGUCUUGGAUGACCUCACGUCAUGUACAACAUCCCUCAGGCAAAUCAAUAAAAUUAUUGAACAACUUACCCCACAAGCUGCCACCAACAAAGACAUCAACAGGAAACUAGAUUCUGUAAAACGACAGAAGUAUAAUAAGGAGCAACAACUGAAGAAAAUCACAGCAAAACAAAAACGUCUCCAGGCCAUCCUUAAUGGUGCAGAGGUCAGACUUGAAAUGGAUCAUGCCAGUCUGGAAGUGGAGGACACAGAGCCUGGCCCUUCCUCUCUGGGCAGCAUGCUCAUGCCUGCUCAGGAGACUGCGUGGGAAGAGCUUAUCCGCACUGGCCAGAUGACACCUUUUGGUACCCGGAUUCCUCAGAAACAGGAGAAAAAGCCUAGAAAACUUAUGCUUGAUGAGGCAUCGGGCUUUGAGAAAUAUUUAGCGGAUCAAGCAAAACUGUCUUUUGAAAGGAAGAAGAAAGCUGGUGCUAAGAGAGUGGCCAAAAAAGCUCAGACCUCAGUCUCUUCGGAGCUGAAUCUGACACUCCGUGACACCAAACCAAAUCACAGAAACCAGAGUCUUUCCAAAAAGGACAAGCGCCUGAAAAAGCACCUCCAGAAACUGCAGAGGCGGGCUCUUCGCCUCCAGGGAAACAUAGGAUUGCCAAGGGGAAAGAAACCUUCAGAGAGUGAUAGAAAGCCAAAGGCUGAGGGAGACUCUGAGGGGGAAGAGUCUGAGUAUUUGCCCUCAGAGGAGGAGGAGGAGGAAGGGGAAGAGGAGCAAACAGGAGCCACACAGAUGGGAGAAGUCGGUGAACUCAGGUCUGUGCCCAAGUACCAGAAACAGCCAAAGAAAGUUACGGUACAAGAGCUUGACGAGGACUUUUUCCCAAGCUCUGAAGAUGAAGCUGAAACCACUGGAGGAGAAGGAGGAGGACGGAGCAGGAAAAUAGUGAGAUGCCGGGAUGAUGGAAAUGAAGAGUAUUUUAAGCAACGGUUAAGGAGGUGGAAUAAAUUGAGACUGCAAGACAAAGAAAAAAAUCUGAAGCUUGAAGAUGAUUCUGAGGAAAGUGAUGCCGAAUUUGAUGAAGGCUUCAAAAUGCCAGGUUUUCUGUUCAAAAAGCUCUUUAAGUACCAGCAGACAGGUGUUAGGUGGCUAUGGGAAUUGCACUGCCAGCAGGCAGGAGGAAUUCUGGGAGACGAAAUGGGAUUGGGUAAGACCAUCCAGAUAAUUGCCUUCUUGGCAGGUCUGAGCUACAGCAAGAUCAGGACUCGUGGUUCAAAUUACAGGUACGAAGGGUUGGGCCCUACCAUAAUAGUCUGCCCAGCAACAGUGAUGCAUCAGUGGGUAAAGGAAUUUCAUACAUGGUGGCCUCCUUUCAGAGUGGCAAUUCUACAUGAAACUGGUUCCUAUGCCCACAAAAAGGAGAAACUUGUUCGAGAAAUUGUUCAUUGUCAAGGAAUUUUGAUCACAUCUUACUCCUAUAUCCGACUGAUGCAGGAUCACAUCAGCCGGCACGACUGGCACUAUGUGAUCUUGGAUGAAGGGCACAAAAUUCGGAACCCCAAUGCUGCUGUCACCCUUGCUUGCAAACAAUUCCGCACACCCCAUCGCAUCAUCUUAUCUGGCUCACCAAUGCAGAAUAAUCUUCGAGAGUUGUGGUCACUCUUUGACUUUAUUUUCCCGGGAAAGCUUGGCACUCUGCCUGUGUUUAUGGAGCAGUUCUCGGUCCCCAUCACCAUGGGGGGAUACUCAAAUGCUUCCCCUGUCCAGGUUAAAACUGCAUAUAAGUGUGCGUGUGUCUUAAGAGAUACCAUAAAUCCAUACCUACUUCGGAGAAUGAAGUCGGAUGUCAAAAUGAGCCUUUCGUUGCCUGAUAAAAAUGAACAGGUCUUAUUUUGCCGUCUUACAGAUGAGCAACAUAAAGUCUACCAGAAUUUCAUUGACUCCAAAGAAGUUUACAGAAUCCUCAAUGGAGAAAUGCAGGUUUUCUCUGGGCUUAUUGCCCUGAGAAAAAUCUGCAACCAUCCUGAUCUCUUCUCUGGAGGUCCCAAGAAUCUCGGAGGUGUUCCAGAUGAUGAAAUAGAGGAAGAACAGUUUGGAUACUGGAAACGUUCUGGGAAAAUGAUAGUUGUUGAGUCUCUGUUGAAAAUAUGGCACAAGCAGGGCCAGCGAGUAUUGCUGUUUUCUCAGUCAAGACAGAUGUUGAACAUACUUGAAGUAUUCCUUAGAGCCCAAAACUAUUCCUAUCUCAAGAUGGAUGGUACCACUACAAUUGCAUCAAGACAGCCACUGAUUACAAGAUAUAAUGAGGACACAUCCAUUUUUGUGUUUCUGCUGACCACUCGAGUGGGUGGCUUAGGUGUCAACCUGACGGGGGCCAACAGAGUUAUCAUCUAUGACCCCGACUGGAACCCAAGCACAGACACACAGGCCCGGGAGCGUGCAUGGAGGAUAGGACAGAAAAAGCAAGUCACGGUGUAUAGGCUGCUGACUGCAGGCACCAUUGAAGAGAAGAUUUAUCACCGACAAAUCUUCAAACAGUUUUUGACAAACAGAGUGCUAAAAGAUCCUAAGCAAAGGAGAUUUUUCAAAUCUAAUGAUCUUUAUGAGCUAUUUACUCUGACUAGUCCUGGCGUUUCCCAGAGCACUGAAACAAGUGCUAUUUUUGCAGGAACUGGUUCAGAUGUUCAGACACCCAAACGCCAUUUAAAAAGAAAACUUCAAGCAACAUGUGAAACAAACCAUGAUAAACAGCAAAAGUUUCCUGGUUCUAGCACGUCUACAAAUGAUACCACAUCAACUAAAGAAAUAUCUGCAGCUGUAGGAGUUAAUGUAAAUGCAGAGACUUCAGAUCAAGGGGAUCCUUGGAAAGAUGCCCCAGAAACAUCUAGUACUCUCACAAACAGUGACAGACUUGGAGAAAAGGUGAAUGCAGUGUCUAAACAGGAGGAGUCAUCAGAGCUGAAUUCAGCUUAUCUAAGAAUCAGUAAAGUACCUUGUGCAGAAGGCCUUGAUGAGAAGGAGGGUCUUUCCGAUAAGAAAGAAAACUGUCAGAUCGAAACAGAACCACUUUGUAAGAAUGACCAAGUGGAAAAUAAUUUUUGUAAGCGCAAGUCAAAAACCAAACAUAAUGCAGCAGAAGAAGCGACCCUGGAGAAACACCUGGCACCAAAGCAGAAGUCCAAGAGCUCUAAGCAUCACAGAGAUGCUAAAUUUGAAGGUACUAGAGUCCCACACUUAGUGAAGAAACGGCAGUACCAGAAGGAAGACAAUGAAGAUGCAAGCGAGACAAAGGAAAAGAGCAAUGAUGAUUAUGUUUUGGAAAAGCUUUUCAAAAAGUCAGGUGUACACAGUGUCAUGAAGCAUGAUGCCAUCAUGGAUGGAGCCAGUCCUGAUUAUGUGCUGGUGGAGGCAGAGGCCAACCGUGUGGCUCAGGAUGCCUUGAAAGCACUGAGGCUCUCUCGUCAGAGAUGUCUAGGAGCCUUGUCUGGUGUUCCUACCUGGACAGGUCACAGAGGGAGUUCUGGUGCACCAACAGGAGUGAAGAGUAGAUUUGGUCAGAAAAAGAAUUCCAGGUUUUCUCUGCCACAUCCUUCUUCAACAUCUUCAAAGGAAAAAAGCCAGGACAGCCUCAUGAAAAAAGAUGGAAAAGAUCGUAUUUCUGAGCAUUUUAGUGGAAAAGAGGAAAAUGCAGAAUCUUCAUCUAGGGCCCUCUCAUCCUCCUCCUUGUUGGCGAAGAUGAGAGCUAGAAACCACUUGAUUUUGCCAGAGCGGUUAGAAAGCGAAAAUGUGCAUCUUCAGGAAACCUCGGUCCCACCAUCAUCUUCCACCGAACAUGAUGACCUUCUGGUAGAAAUGAGAAACUUCAUUGCUUUCCAGGCCCAGGUCGAUGGCCAGGCCACCACGCAGGAGAUUUUGCAAGCAUUUGAGUCCAAGUUAUCAGCCUCCCAGUCCUGUGUCUUUAGAGAACUAUUAAGAAAUCUGUGUACUUUUCGUAGAACUUUGAGUGGUGAAGGAAUUUGGAAACUCAAGUCAGAGUACUGCUGAUCAUCAUUACUUUUUAAACUUGAGUUGACUUUCUCAUGGAGUUUCCAGAUUGGUACUUUAGGGUUGAAUAAUUAAAUCACCGUGAUGACCCUCUGAUCAGUCAUAUCACACAGCGGAUGGAAGAGGGCUGCAAUUGAUGUUUACUCUGAAUAUCUACCUCAUAAUGGAAGUUGCAGGGAGGAGGAAAAUCUUUCCUGAAAUGAAAAAUUUUAUAAUGCUAAAUUAACUGAAAAAGAAAAUAUUUAGGCUUAUUCCCCCCCCCCCCCCAUUGAAUUAUGUUGUGAAAUCAGGGACCUAACCAUUCAUUUUAGAAUACACUUGUUCCUUUACCCACA